GAGGCCCUGGGGGUUGGCCCUGCUCAGCAUCCCUGGGAGUGGUGGAAUGCCAAGCUCCUUUCCUGUGGCAGAAGGGGCCCUGGAGCAUCACUGGGUAGCUGUGUCCUCACCACCUGAGGUCAGUGCCCUGCCACCACCCCUUCUCAGGGCCAUUCUCAGCUGUGGCUUCCCACAGUCUCCCCUCUUUUCAUGCCUAUCCUCAGAGUGGACUGGGGGCUGGAGGGGGGCUGAAGGGUCCAGGGAUCACCCUUUCACUUGUGUCCCCCAAUCCCAUCAGGCUCAUGUGAGAAGCUGAGGCCAGGCUGUCCAAGACUCUUCAUAUUUCACCAGUCCUGAGUCCCGUGACCUCCUAGUGGCCCAACUCUGGUCUUGCUGACACACUGAAGUAGAUCCUAUCCUAUCUCCUUUCUCUCUUGUCCCCACUCCUAUCCUUGAAAGGACUCUCUCAGAGCCCUGGGCAGCCUUGCCUCCUGACUUAACUGCUGGGGUGCUGGGAGGAGUUUCCCUCUGUCCUGCAGCCUAGUACCUCCUGGGAUAGGAGGUAAGGGAAGGACUGAGAGUUGGAAAUGUGAAGUAGAGCCCUGGAGAACAGAAUGUGUGACUUUGUCCCCUGUAUUUAAAUUAGGAAUAUGAGUCUGGUAUCCACACUAGUAAAACCCCAUUGGAAUUGCAGCAGACAAUGUUCCUGACAUCCUCUAAAGCCAGUUCUGUGUCCUGGCCUCCGUCCCUUUUUCCCCAUCCCCCUGAACCUACUGACCACAGAAGUCACAAACAUCAGUCACUCAGGUUUUGUCCUUCACACUUGGUACAUACAUACAUUGGAUCACCAGUCCUGCUCUUUCUACCUCCCUUACCCUGACAGUGGGUAGCAAUUUUGCAUCCCAGGUGCCUUACCUCACCCUGGUCCUGGCUUUGCCACAGUUUCAGCUCCAUUUGUCCCAUUGGCUACCAGACUCGUGUUGUUCAAGCCAGUGAGCCAGUUUCAAGUUCUGGGCAUGGCUCUGCAAGGUCCUGCAGAGAAGCUGAAAUGCGCUCAGCGCAGUUCCCGUGGCAUGGCUCAGUCGGACCAGGCAGCGGAGUGGAACUGCGGAGCUCUGAGAAGGGUGAUUCUGAAAAGCAGGGCUCUUCAGGCUUCUUGGGAGCCAGGUUGGGGGAAUCUAGACUUCCUGGGGAACCUAGACCUGUAUCUCUGGCCAAGGGGCUGGGAUGAGAGAGGUGAGAAGAGUUCAUUGUGGUUCUGGGUGGCUGUUGGCCUAGUGGUUGGGGGAGUGGAGAGCCUGAGAAAGAUCUGGGUGUGGGUGGGCUGCAGUGACAUUGAACAUGAAAUGGUCAAGUUGAUCCAACACAUUAGGGUCCGCAGUGCCUAGGAGAGUUGUCCCCUUGAAUAUCAAUGUGAUUGUGAAAGAGGAAGCAGGAGGCCUGCUCAAAUAGGAGCAAAGAUGGAUACUAAAGUUCUGACCCUUCGCUGGGAUGGAAGAGUUGAUCUGCGAGAGACUCUUUGAUUAGUUCAUACUAAUGUGACCCUGGGAGGGUGAGGAUAUGGGUGGACUAAAGACCCUACCCAGGCUGAUACUGGUUGGAGAGUAGGAGGUAUUAGGAAAUAGCAAGAAGGUUCCUGGCCACUGUGAGUAGUAUCCAAGAGCCUGCUUGAUCCCCUGGUUAGAAUCAUAGUGAAAGUGAAAUAGAGACCAGUGCUUUCCCAGAAUGAUUUCAUUCGAUCCUGUCCUUCCCAGAACCAGCUCCAGCAGUGAGGAGAGCAUUGUCUCCCCUUGUGACUAGGUAAGUCCCUGGCCCCUCUUUUGGCCUCAGUUUCUCUGUCCCUAUACGGAAGAGGUUAGGCUGGACUGAAAACUAGCAUGUUAAUGGUGAUAAGAGCUUGGGUGUGGAAAGACUGUCCCUAGGUGACCGGCUUUGUUUCUAAGGCUGAAGAGCCUCUGCCACAUGCCUGCCUUCCAGGAGCUACUGGCAGGGGCCUGGUAGUCCACUGCAAGUUAGACCUAGGGAGGGGCUGUGGGAUCUACAGGAAGGAGGGGGCCACACGUGGCUGGGAUCUAGGCCAGCCUCUGAGAUGUGGAGAAGUAGUUACUCACCAUUCUCAUUCCUGCCUGCCCCCAAAGAGGAAGAGGUCAUUGCACACAUAUAUAGAGCCAGGCACUCCAGCUCCUGGCACAUCAUGACUGCCAGACAGAACUCAACACCAGACCCCAGCCCUUUGUGGUUCCUGUUCCUGUGUGCCCACAUCGGCUCCCAGUUGGCGAGAGCUACACCCAUACCUCAGACCAUCACAGCUGCUACAGCCUCAGCUGGGAUCACAAAGGACCACUCCUUCACCCACCCCUCAACACUCCCAAGAGCUAAGCAGUGCCCAGCAUUGGAGAUGAUCUGGCUAGAAGUGGAAGUCGCACUAAAUGGAACUCUCACUUUGUCCUGUACCGCCUGCAGCCGCUUCCACCACUUCAGCAUUCUCUACUGGCUGGGCAAUGGUUCCUUCAUUGAGCAUCUCCCAGGCCGGCUGUGGGAAGGCAGCACCAGCCAGGAGCGCAGGGGCACCACCACUCAACUAAGGAAGGCCUUGGUGCUGGAGGAGCUGAGCCCCACCUUGCGCAGCACCAACUUUUCUUGUGUUUUCAUGGAUCCCGAGCACACUGUCCAGCGUCCCUUUGUCCUGGCCCAUCUCUUGGCUGGGCUGAGGACAACCAUGCCCCCCACUCAAGAAACCCUUCAGAGCGUCCCCUCUGCCUCAUCAUCCUGACAGGUGAACUCUGAAGCCUGGGUGAAACGCUAUCUCUUCAUUUAGGUCUAGGUUCUGUCAGCUCAGGCCACAAUCUGCAUCAACUUAUAUGUUAUGUUUGUAUAGGCAUACCUUGUUUUAUUGUGCUUUGCAGAUAAUGCAUUUUUUGCAAAUUGCAGGUUGUGGCAACCCUGUGUCGAGUAAGUCUAGUCACACUAUUUUUCCAACAGCAUUUGCUCACUUCAUGUCACAUUUUGGUAAUUCUUUCAAUAUUUCAAACUUUUUCAUCAUCAUUAUAUUUGUUAUGAUGAUCUGUGAUUAGUGAUCUUUGAUGUUACUAUUGUAAUUGUUUGGGGUGCCAUGAACCAUGCCCCUAUAAGGUGGUGAACUCAGUUGAUAAUUGUUUGUUCUGGCUGCUCUGCUGACCAGCUGUUUCCUGUCUCUCCCCCUCUCCUUGAGCCUCCCUAUUCCCUGAGACACAGCAAUAGUGGAAUUAGGCCAGUUAAUAACCUACAGUGGCCUCUGAGUGUUCUAGUGAAAGGAAGAGUUACCUGUCUCUCACUUUAAGUCAAAAGCUAGAAAUGAUCCAACUUAGUGAGGAAUGCAUCUUGAAAGCCCAGAUAGGCUGCAAGCUAGGCCUCCCUCUUGUACCAAAUAGCCAAAUUGUGAAUGCAAAGGAAAAGUUCUUGAAAGAAAUUGAAAGUGCUACUCCACUGAAUGCAUUAAGAAGAAAGCGAAAGAACCUUAUUGCUGAUACAGAGAAAGUUUUGUGGUCUGGAUAGGUGAAACCGACCACAUUCCUUUAAGCCAUAGCCUAAUCCAGAGCAAGGCCCUAAUUCUCUUCAAUUCUAUGAAGGCUGAGAGGUGAGGAGGCUGCAGAAGAAAAGUUGGAAGCUAGCAGAGGUUGGUUCAUGAGGUUUAAGGAAAGAAGCUGUCCCCAUAACAUAAAAGGGCAAAGUGAAGCAGCCAGUGCUGAUGUGGAAACUACAGCAAGUUAUCCAGCAGAUCUAGCUGAGGUAAUUAAUGAAGAUUGUUACACUUAACAGAUUUUCAACCUAAAUAAAACAGCCAGAAGGGUUUCUAUGGGAAGAUGAUGCCAUCUAGGAUUUUUACAGCUAGAGAGAAGUCAAUACCUGGCUUCAAAGUCUCAAAGGAGCCCUGGCCAGUGUGGCUUAGUUGGUUGAGCAUCAUCCUAUGCACCCAGAGGUUGCCAGUUCAAUUCCU